AUGCAAGAACGUGCCCAUACAUUGCCAUUGUUUUCAUUAUCUCGUAAUGUACAUAAUCAAUCGUCAAUGCCGCCCGAUUCGAACAUAAAUAAUAAUAACAAUGAUAAUUUCGAUGAUCCUAGUCGUUCACAACAAGUAUUCGAUUCAGCAAGUAAUUCAACACCAGAAUUAAACCUUCUACUAGAUAAAUUAACAGAAAUAUUAAGAUUUCGUAGUCGUCGACAUUUACUAACGUCACAUCAUCAUCAUUCACAACAUACAUCGGGCGAUAAAUCAGGAACAUUUUCAUCUUCAUCAUCGUCAUUGGCAACGGCAGCUGUCACCGGUGGCGGUGGAACAACAGGAACAGUUUUAAAACGUUUACAAUCGGGUUCAGUUGAACCACUAGAUGAUCGUUUAACUCGUACCAUAUACCAUAAUGCCGGUGUUUCAUCAAUGAAUUCAUCAUCACAUUCAGCUAGCGCUUCAUAUUAUUCACAUCAAACACAACAAAAAUCAUCAUCGCUAUCAUCGACACAAUCGAGAAGAACAGAUAUGACUAGUGGAAUUAAUGAGAAAACAAAACGACGAUUACCAAGUCUACUACAACGGCUCAUUGAUGAAGGUAACUUAAUCAAAGAAGCUGUUCGUCGAUUAAAAACUCAACGGUUCACACCUCAAUUUAAACAAACCACACCGUCAUCGACACCAAAUCACAAUCAACAACAACCAACGAACCAGACACCAACAAAAAUAAAUAAUAUUCUACAACAAAAACAACAAAUGCCGCCACCUCGUCAACCUCCAUGUUGUUUAACGCCGAAUACUCAAAAUGGUAUUAUGAUUCCGAAUCAAUUAAGUGAUCCACCGACACAAACAACAUCGUCACCAAGUCGUUUUAGUUGGAUACCAUCCGCUGUAUUUGGUCUUACAUCGAGUAAUUCAAGUGGUAGUGGGAGUCCAUUACGUAGUUGUUUUAGUCAUGAUCGAACACCAAUGGAAAUCGGUGGUUGUGGUGGUCCAAUUAGCAUUACGGGAGGACAAGAAUAUCAGUAA